AUGGCUUCCAGGCGGCUAGCCCUCACGCUCAAUCAGAGCUUACGGAGCCGCGCUGCCAUCAAUGCCAUCCGGCCCGUCAAGAGAGGUCUCGCGACUCCCGUGAGCCACGGGGCAAAAACGGAGAGCACCACCUUGAGCAACGGCUUCACGAUCGCUACCGAACACUCGCCAUGGGCUCAGACCUCGACAGUUGGUGUUUGGAUCGAUGCCGGCAGCCGCGCCGAGACCGACAAGAACAAUGGCACCGCGCACUUCCUGGAGCAUCUGGCCUUCAAGGGUACGGAGAAGCGAACCCAGCAGCAAUUGGAGAUGGAAAUCGAGAAUAUGGGCGGACAUUUGAACGCGUAUACUUCAAGAGAAAAUACCGUCUACUACUCCAAGAGCUUCAAUUCCGACGUCCCCAAAUGCGUGGACAUCCUUUCCGAUAUCCUUCAACACUCCCGGCUCGAGUCACAGGCCAUCGAACGGGAGCGUGAUGUGAUCUUGCGCGAGCAAGAAGAGGUCGACAAGCAACUGGAGGAAGUGGUCUUUGAUCAUCUCCAUGCCACUGCCUUCCAAGGACAACCUCUCGGUCGUACGAUCCUAGGACCUCGGGCCAACAUCGAAAGCAUCAAGCGCCAAGAUCUGGUCGACUAUAUCGGUCAGAACUACACCGCUGACCGUAUGGUUCUCGUUGGUGCCGGUGGCGUGCCCCACGCGCAGUUGGUCGAGCUUGCGGAACAAUAUUUCGCCAAGCUCCCGAGCUCGACGCUGAGCGCCAAGAAGUAUAAGGAGAAGCCCGACUUUGUCGGUUCCGAUGUGCGGAUGCGAGACGAUGGUUUGCCCACCGCUAACAUCGCCAUUGCCGUCGAGGGCGUGAGCUGGAACGACCCGGACUACUUCACGGCGUUGGUCACGCAAGCGAUUGUCGGCAACUGGGACCGAGCCAUGGGCAAUUCACCAUACUUGGGCAGCAAGCUGAGCACUUUCGUCCACAAGCACAACCUCGCGAAUAGCUUCAUGAGCUUUUCAACAAGCUACAGUGACACUGGAUUGUGGGGCAUUUAUAUGGUCACUGAGGCCACGGAACGCAUUGAUGAUCUUGUCCAUUUCACUCUCCGGGAGUGGUCGAGAUUGUCGUUCAAUGUCUCAGUCUCCGAGGUGGAACGCGCCAAGGCCCAACUGAAGGCAUCCAUCCUCCUGUCGCUCGAUGGCACCACCGCCGUUGCCGAAGACAUUGGCCGCCAGAUCGUCACCACCGGCCGUCGCCUGUCUCCGGAAGAGGUUGAACGUGUCGUUGGCCAGAUCACUGAGAAGGACGUGAUGAAUUUUGCCAAACGGAAGUUGUGGGACCAGGACAUCGCCAUCUCUGCCGUGGGGAAGAUCGAAGGAUUGUUGGAUUACUCUCGUAUCAGGGCGGACAUGACCCGCCUGAUGUCCUAGAUACGGUAUUGUGACGAAAGUCGAGAUCGUUGGAAGCGGUAACGGGUUGUAUGUGCUGUCGUGGCAUAAGCAAUUCCGAACAUUGUAUAAAAUCUCCCUUUGUACACUUACCCAGUUGACAAAUAGAAACUACCUGCUUUGAUUGGGCUCCCUCCGUUGGCAACCUGGGAACUGUAGAAGGGGCGAGGUAGAUCCGUGUCGUGCGUUCUGUGCAGAUUGACCAU